UCACAUUGCAGAGUUCCUGCCGUGUGACCUUUUGGACUUUGGUCAGUAAACUGUCACAUGCAAAGACGCCGACAAGGAAGUUCAGCUGAAUCUACUAAAACUGUCAGGAAGAAAUCUUUGAAGCUGAGCUGGAACUGUUAGUAUCAUGAUCUCCAGUUUUGUGUGUCAUUGUAGUCAGUUUGUACUUUACUUUGACUGAUGUGUUCUGGUUGUUUCUGAGGUCAUGGCUUCCGGCGUUCUCCUGUCAGAUGUGCAGUUUCACUGUUAUAUAUGUCAGAAUGUGUUCUCCGAACCCGUCUCCAUCCCCUGCGGUCACAGCUUCUGCUCGGCAUGUAUUGCGUCGCACUGGGAUAGUGGUCUUGCAAUCAACUGCCCCAAAUGCCAGCGACCCUUCGAGAGGCGGCCGGAGCUUUGCGAGAACUCUUUCGCCAAGGAAAUGGCGGAGCAGAUCCAAGCAAGGAAGCAAAACGCAGCAAAAUCUGGCAGCGUGUACUGCGACGUGUGUGUUGGAAAGAGCGCAGAAGCCGUGAAGUCCUGCCUCAUGUGUUUGACAUCUUACUGCGAGAGCCACCUGGAGCCUCACACCAGGGUGGCUACUUUGAAGACCCACAAGCUAACUGACCCUGUGACGUCAUUGGAGAGCCGGAUGUGUAAAAUGCACCAAAGGCUGCUGGAGCUGUUCUGCAGGAGCGACCAGAGAUGCGUAUGUGUGCUGUGUACUGAAAGUGACCAUCGCUGCCACGACACCGUCGCCGUAGAGAGGGAGAGCGAGCAGAAGAAGGCUCAGAUGAAAAGGAUGCAAAGUGAAGUUAAGCAGAUGAUCCAGGAGAGACUGCAGAAAGUGGGGCAGAUUAAAUGUUGUGUGGAGCUCAGCAAAGAAUCCUCCAAGAGGGACAUUAACCAGAGUAGGAAAGUCUUCUCCACACUGAUUCGGCUCAUGGAGAGAAGCCAAGCUGAGCUGGUUGAGAUGAUACAGAGGCAGCAGAAGGCAGCGGAGCAACGAGCAGAGAAGAUCAUUGCCGAGCUGCAGCUGGAAGUCACUGAGCUUGAAAGGAGAAAGAGCGAAAUGGAGAAGCUUUGUCACACAGACGACCACCUCUGUAUACUGCAGAGGUUUCCCUCACUGAGUUCUCCUCCGCCCACUGCGGCCCACGCUGAUGUGCAUUCACUUACAUGUGUGGGGACUAUAAGGAGGGCAGUGGCCAACACUGAGCAAGAGCUGCAGUCAGUUUUGAAACAGCUUUCCUUCCAAGAGCAUGAGAAAAUGCAGAAUUAUGCAGUUGAUAUUCAUCUGGACCCCAGAACUGCAAAUCCUUGGCUUGUUCUGUCGGAGGAUUUGCAACAAGUCUCAGAUGGAGAAGUUGAGCAGAAACUGCUGGACCUUGUGGAACGCUUUGAUACAGCACCAUGUGUGCUUGCCACCACAGGCUUCACCACAGGGAGGCACUACUGGGAGGUUGACGUUGGUGAGAAGACAGCGUGGGACUUGGGUGUGGCUCGAGAGUCGGUCAACAGGAAGGGUCUGGUCACACUGUGCCCGGAAGAAGGUUAUUGGGCUAUUUGCUUGAGGAGUGGUCAUGAAUACCGGGCAUGUGCUUCACAGGCAGAGCUACUGUGUCUCUCAGAGAGGCCUCAGAUUAUUGGUAUCUUUUUGGAUUAUGAAGAUGGGACAGUGUCCUUCUACAAUGCAAAGACCAAGUCAUAUAUCUAUUCCUUUACACAGUUUCAAUUCACCGACACAAUGUUUCCCUAUUUUAAUCCAGAAAUGAGCGACCACGGCAACAACAAAUCACCACUCGUCAUCCGUCCUGUAAAUAGCAUAGAUGGAGAUAUGGAGUUAGAUAAUGUUACAAUAUAAAAGUGCAUCUUUAGUCUUCUUACCACUCAUGUAGUCCAGUGUCCAGGUCUUCAAAUGCAACAAUUGAAAAUGCAUGUUCAGUUUGUCAGGAAUGCUGUGCAAAUUCAUGUCUGUGGUCCACGCAGUAUGAGAAGGAGGAAUGUUUAAGAACUGGACCAAGAUCAGCUGGAUGUGUGUGUAAAGCCGUCACGUGCCUCUUGAGGUAUUGUUCAGAUUUACAAACUUUUUAUGCUUUUCAGAGAAGUUAAACCGUUCCCCUAGGGCUAAACCAUUUAGGAGACUGUAAUUUGCAGGGUCGCUAGACAGCAGAAAUUUCAACUUCACAGCACCCUGUGGUGGUCAGUUUUGGGAACAUCCUCCAAGAACAUCUUUCAAGUUUGUCCACCUUUCGAUGCUGCAUGGAACACAUGCGUCGCUGGUCCAAUAUGGGCACCAUGGGACCCAGAAAGUUGUGCUUACAUGGCUACUGACAUAAAUGUCUGAAAUAUGCCAUUUGGCCAGUAAUUAAGAGUUGCAUUCUUCACAAUGACACA